AUGGCAAUCACAGAAGCUGAUCCGAGCCUCACUACGGGUCUCUUCCGCAAGCAAGUACUGGCUUUGACAAAAAAGAACUUCCUUCUCUCUCGAAGGUCCAAGAUAACGGUCUGUUGUGAAGUUCUGUUACCACUUUUCGUCGCAGUGGUUUGCUUUGUUGUUGCCCCGCUGGUCAAUCCGGACUCCCGUGACUUGCAGAUUAUCCCGGAAGCCCCGUAUCCCUAUACGACGUACGAUGGUCGCAGGGACGGGGCGCUGUCCUAUGUGGCCGGCGUGAGGAAGACUUAUAAAGAUUUCCCACAGUUAGCAUCCGUGACGCCCUUCCCGGACUUUUUCAACAGAUCGAACUCUGUGACGUUGCUCCUGACUUGCGCGUGCGGGCAUCUGGCCAUCGGACCUGCUUGGUCACGGGAGGCCGAAGACUUCGCCGCCUAUCUCAAAGGCGAAUUUGAAAGUAUAUUCAAAGGGCGCAGUUUGCCGCAGUGCAGAGGCUUCCCAACGAUAACCAUUUCGACAUCUAUUGCCGACCCGAGGGAGUAUGUACGACGACCAGAAUAUGGUUCGAUGGGCGUCCCGCAGCUCUGUGGGUACAUGGACGUGUUCGAGCCGUAUGAGUUAGUGAUUAUGGCUAAUGCCACUAUUGGUGAUGAUGACCCCUUCAACGCUAUCAGCAUCGACUACAGUAAAAAGAACAAAUUCUGGUAUGCGGAGAAUGGAAACAUAAAACACGGUGAUCCGAUGCUUGACCGUGAAACGAGCAAGGGAGCCAUCAGUUUGCUACCGCAAUGCGCCUUCACUUUGGUAGUCCAGAACCUCGGGCAGCAGUUAUUCCUGGGCAUGGAUAGCCCGUCGGCUAGAUUAGCAUAUCAGAACUUCACCCUACUGCAAGGAUUGACCAUGCUCACCAUAGACCUCAUGCUGUGGACGUUAUUGUAUCUCUAUCUCGAUCAAGUUGUUCCUCAUGAAUACCGCGCCACCCGCAAAUUUUAUUUCCUGUUCACUCGUGGGUUCUGGCGGGAAAUGAUGGGUGAAGAGGACGAGGAGCGGUAUCGAGGAAAAACAGCUGAUCAUGCUUCUUGUGAGAUCAGUAGCGUUACUGUUGAUGAAGGAAUAGAAAAACUCAAAGGGGAAACGCAGAGGAACUUAAAACGAGACGGCCAAGUGGUAUGCAUUAAAAAUUUGGAGGUCGAGUUUGGAAAUUUCCGUGCUGUGGACGGUCUGGACCUCACCAUGUUUCGUGAUGAGUUAUUCGUCCUCCUUGGUCACAAUGGAGCUGGCAAGUCUACGACUAUCAAUGUCCUCAGCGGCACGAUAAAGCCGAGGAGAGGGGACGUGACCAUAUUCAAUCGAGAGGUGCCCGCGGAGAUGCCCGUGAUAAGGAGGAGUAUGGGAAUCUGUCCGCAAAAUAAUGUCUUGUGGGACGACUUGACAGUGUCGGAGCAUUUCGAGUUGUUUGCCAAUAUUCGCGGUUUGUCUACCGAUGCGUACGCUGUGGAGUUUGCGGCUGAGGUUGAACUGGGGCAUAAGUUGGGAGCACGAGUGAAGACGCUAUCUGGAGGUAUGAAGAGGAAGCUCUCGGUCGGGUUAGCAUUCGUAGGAGAUUCGAAGUUGAUCAUACUGGACGAGCCGAGCAGUGGUAUGGACCCGAGUGCCCGGCGUAGGAUGUGGGACUUCCUGAGAUCGAAACGUGAGGGAAGGAUUAUCUGCAUUACUACACACUACAUGGACGAGGCCGAUGUGCUAGCUGAUCGAGUUGGCAUAAUGGAGAAUGGCAAGUUGAUGGCUUAUGGCAGCACCAGCUUCCUCAAGCGACAGUUCGGUACGGGUUAUACCCUCAGCAUUGCCAAGAAGGACUCCACGGUCGCCGAUGCCCCUCUGCGCGAAGUCGUUCGGGAGAGCAUCGACGAUCCGUCCUCCGUCCGGGUACGGUCCAGUGCUGGUCAGGAGCUGGCUCUGCAGAUUCCUUUUGAGAAUGCUCCUCAGCUGCCGUCUGUGUUCGAAAGCCUUGAUGUGUUAAAGUCAGAAGGAAAAGUAUCGUCCUACGGCAUUUCGGUGACCACGAUGGAGGACGUCUUCCUUAAUGUUGCGCGCCGUUCUCAAGGUAAUGAUGACGAGCAGUUGUCCAAGCUGAAGAGCCGAUCGUAUUCGAGUGAGGACAGGAGUGUCAUGUGCGACGUGGUGCUAAAGCCUAACAUGAUGCAACAGUUCUCCGGUCUGAUCACGAGGCGGGUAACGUACGCUUGGCGAAACUGGCCUGGGACUCUGUCGGCCGUACUCAUCCCAUUUCUGGUCAUACUUAUUCUUAUGGGUUUGCAAUACCUCGGUGUGUCCGUGCCCGAUGCUCGCAGAUUGGAUCUGAGCUGGAGUGAAGAUACACCCUACCAGGUCUCCUCACAUGAUCAUGUUGUCGGCCGGUGGGAUCUGAGCGCUCCAGAGGUGGUCACUGUGCAGAGAGGCGCGGUUGGCUUGCCAGAUAUUAGUGCGGCUACACCCCUAACACCAGAGGAGUUCUACAUUUGCAAUCAGUGGAAGCCGUAUGAGAUGAUACCUACUGCGAGCUCAUCGUUUAACAUCAACUUGUGUGCGGCAAUCCUGCGGUUUUCGGCGACACUUAUUGAUGAGAAAACUGCAUGGUUUGAAGUCACUGCGUUGGGGGUCACCUCGCGCUCUGUCUUCGCUGAUAUGACCGCCCUGCAUAUGACGCCGCUUGCCCUGGUUGGUGAUGAAUCCGUUGGUGUAGUCAACUAUCCCUUCCCUCACACGGCGUAUCAGGAGAGCAAGUCCCGAAGUAAUCUCGUGCUCACUCUGGCAGUUGGCGGCUACUUUGCCAUUGCUCUCACUGUAGUAGCAGGAUCUUUGCUGUCAUAUGUCAUGAUGGAGAAAACGAGAGGCAUCAAAGAACAGCUCUACGUUAGUGGCUGUGGUUUGCUGACCUAUUGGGUGGCGAGUUGGAGUUUCGAUUUUCUCCUCACUUUUAUCGCGAUAUGCCCAACGUGGAUACCCCUAACUAUUUUCGACAUUAAGGCGUACCUCGACUUAAGCAAUAUGGCCGCGGUAUGGAUGCUGCUUAUUGGAUUCUGUUUUGCGAUGCCCCCAUUUAACUAUCUCGUGUCCCUGCUCUCACGUACCAAUACUAUCGCUACUUACAUGCAGGUGGGGGCCGGCGUAGGGGGUGGCCUUAUUGGCUCUUUCGUCGUAGCUGUUUUGUACUAUGGUGUUGUUGCUCCCGAGAUCGCCUUGGUUCUCGCGUGGAUGCUCAGAGUUGUUCCCACCUUCCCGGUGGCGCAAGGCCUCACGACACUCUUCUUCGCUCAUGUGGGGUACUUGAAUGCUCCUACGGGUGACCCUGUCGAGACCCACGCCUUCGACUCGCAAAUGCUGAACACGUGCAGUGAAGUUCGUCUCAGCGGCCUCGCCGAUAAAGUAUAUGAUACUUGUUUUGGAGUUGCUGGUGAUGAUGUGAUAAUGCUCUUUCUCUCGGGAGUGAUAUAUUUCGGUCUCACCAUCUUGAUCGACUAUAGGAAGAACGAUGAUAAGUGGAACCCCGACCGACAGCUGCAUGUCCCCCCGGAGAAGCGUGGUGAGGAGGAUGGGAGGGUCGUAGCAGAGAAGGGAAGGGUGGCCAAGCUCGAGCCCACCACGCAGAUGAUCUACUUUAAUGAUCUCAAGAAAGUCUACAACCCGGGGAAGAAGAGUGAAGUAUGGGCAGUUCGAGGUAUCAACUACGCCUUGGGUGAUGGUGGAGUCUUCGGUCUGCUCGGUGUCAACGGUGCUGGCAAGACUACGACAUUCAGGAUGCUAUGUGGGUUGAUAAGACCAAGUUGUGGUCACAUCACACUGCUCGGUCAACCACUGCUCGGAAACGUCUAUGAGGUUCGUCGAAGCAUUGGGUAUUGCCCUCAGGACAGCCCCUUAUUGGAAGGACUUACCACUGAGGAGCAUCUCAUUUUAUACGGUCGAAUCCGUGGAGUAUUGCCCGCUGUAUUGGAGGACCAUGUUUCGGAGUUGUUGGAAAUUCUCCAGCUCGAGCGUUAUAGUGACAAGAUGGCAACAAGGCUUUCUGGUGGUAACCAGCGGAAGCUCUGUGUUGGCAUCGCUCUGGUUGGGCAGCCUUCCUUGCUAUUCCUCGACGAGCCGACCACGGGUGUUGAUCCUGAUGCACGGAGACGUAUCUGGGAUGUCAUUCACAAGAUAGCUCACGGGCGAGCGAAAUCUUCCGCGGUUGUGCUCACGACGCAUAGUAUGGAAGAGGCUGAUGCUCUGUGUGAAACUAUGGUCAUCCAAGUCGACGGUCAGUUCCGUUGUAUUGGUUCAUCCCAGCAGAUCAAGACGGAUUACGGUCAGGGCUUCAAAUUGUGGAUAUCCUUCGUGGAGUCAUCAGCUGCUACUGCGAGUAGUGAGCUCCUCAACAAUUUCUUUGUCGCCAUAAAUAGUGACAAGUCUGGGCGAGUAGAACUGACUGAUGAGGAGGUGUGGACGACUCUUGGCACGCUGGGUGAGGAAAUCGUUGGCACCAGGCUCAUUUUCAACAGAUUUGCCCAGGGUGACCCUCCAUCGUGA